UCUUGAAAUAUGGACACUCUUGACCUUGAGACGCAAAAAGCCCUGAGGAAUGGCAUGUACACAUUUCCAGUUUCUGCGAGUAAGAUGACACCAUUUGACGGGGAAAGUUGACAGCGGGUAUACAUGACACUUUGAGUCUUUUCGCAAUGCCACAGAAAGAGUUGUCUAUAAAGUUGGGAAUAACGGAUGUACGGCCCAUUAUUCAAGCGGUCGGCAGGGCAAUCGCACCAGCCCCUGUUCGAGGAGAUGAGCCUCUGCACUGUGAUAUGCCCGAGGUACUCUCAACAGGGGAUGGCUUUAUAGAUAGAUUCCUAGGAUGCGGGGGUUUGCGUACAGGAGAGAUAUGGGAGAUUGUUGGAGAGAGGUAUGUUGGGCGAGCCCUUCGACAUGUCUCACGUCUUUCCGACCUUCUGCCAGUUCCUCGGGGAAGACUCAGUUUGCUUUGCAGCUGUGCCUAAUGGCUUUGUUGAACCCGAGCUCUCACAAAAUAGAGAGGUCCGCAUGUUAUAUAUCUUCAAGUUUGGAGAUGCGGACAGAACGCUUGAUGGAAAUUUUCCAUCAUCAUCCGGUCUUUGCAUCUCUUAUUGAACCCAACCCCUCACCUCCCACCUUUCCUACUUUCUGGAUCCAGUCAGACGAUGAUGUUCUCUCAAGAGUGUGGCAUAGACAAGUUGAAUCGGACGAUGAACUCAUUCGGGUGUUGUCGCGGGACUUGCCUGCGCUGGCGACUGGGCAAUCGUUGCCCAGUGGUUCGCCAUUGAAACUAGUGGAAAACACAGUAGCUGGACGGAGACGGCGGGCAAAAGUCCUCAUUGAGAUCGCGCAACUUCUGCGGCGAUUGGCUAUCGAGCACAGUCUAUGUGUUUUGGUCAUCAACAACGUUACAGACGUAUUUUCUGGGGAUGACAGCCCAUGGGAUGCCUUCAAAUACCCAAGAUUCCCUCAUUUUUCGGGAACAGCACCCGGUAGCCAAGCUAUUCAUGGUGUCUGGGAAAACUUAUUCUGCCCACCCUAUCCUAAUUGGUUUGCCCGGACACCGUUGCAUCUAGUACGAGAUGGGACUUGCGAACGGCAAAAGGAGGCAUUAUUAGGGUUUUCAUGGGCAAGUCAGCUUAACGGGCGUAUUAUGCUUUCUAGAACAACAAAGCAUGCACAUGUGGUCUGGAAGGAUCUACAGAACAUAUCAGUCGAGAACGUCGAUGAUCUAGAACCUGCGAUAAAGCCUCGAAGCCUCGCACCGCCUGGAACAGGACGUUCAUCACCACUUGGUCCUUCUGGACUGGAAAAAUCGCAGGCCGAAUUUUCAUCUUUCGGGCAGUUUUCUCGCACCCACCAACUCCGAAAACUCACACUCAUGUUCAGGGACUCCAGAACUGGGUUACAGUCGAUGGAUUUUGCAGUUCUAGAGUCCGGCCUGCACUCAAUACCAGGACAACAACCCCCUUCGAAGCCUCAGAGCCUUCAUGCGGAGCCGCGGGCGUCCGUAUCAUCUGGGUCAUCGGAAGCCCGGACAGUCACCAGCAUUCAGCUUGAACCCAAUGUUAUACCAACGUCAACAGAAACGGACGAACGCGUCCCUCAUGGCGCCACAUUGGAGUUGGGUGAUUCUGAGUGGGAGAAAUACUACCCAGAACUCUUCGGGGGAGGUGAAGUGGAUUUGUUCUUUGACAGAAAUGAGGCUCUAGUGGACCAAGAUCUCUGUAAGGAAGCGGGUAGGCAGAUGCCACCUUUCAAACAAACGGGAUUGGCGAGAUUGCCUUCGGCCGAGCUAGUCAAUGCGAGGACGUUGUUGCAGAGCAACAGUACAAUAUCCACUCCGAUUCGAAAGGAAGAAUGAACCAUUUACUGUAAACAAUGCCACGGACGAGUGUGUUUCAUGCAUGCCUUUCCGUCUCAUUGGGAUAGGCAUUGUAGGCCAUGCAUCGGUGGGAUCUCAGAAGGGGAUACAGUGCAUUAACAGAAUCGAGAUGAUAGGCAUAUUGGAUUCAGUCGGAAGGGCUGAUUUCCGCCCAGCGGAUGAACUAAAUGGUAGAAUCAGUCACGUCAACCGCAAAAUUCAGCUGGUUCUGUUUGCGCCUGGGCACGUUAGGCACAUAGAUCGAUAGUUCCGUCCGGAACCAUGCAAGAAUACCCUGAAUUCCGGCUGGGAAUUUGGGAUUCAGAAAGUACGAAUUUGUGCUCUGAAAACUUAAUAUACAGAACGUGAAUAUACUA